AUGGCUAAGCUCCUCCAAUCCCUAAUCCCACUCCUCUCCCUUCUCCUCCUCGCCACCGCCACCACGGCCCGGUCGCAGUCCACCUCCUUCACCUACGACUUCUACGGCCAGAAACCCACCGACCUAAUCUACCAAGGCGACGCCCACUUCCCCUCCGACGCCUCGGGCAACCCCCUCUCCCACCCCGCCUGCCACUCCAACCCCAUCUACUUAUCUGUUGUGUUCAAGCUUGGCAGUCGAUUCCUAAUACCCACCUUCUUCAUCCAGCCCGAAAGCUCCCCCCUCGGCUUCACCGGCGCCAGCUUCGGCAUCUUCAACCCGGCCGGGCUCAACCCCUCCGUGUUUGCUGUCGAGUUCGAUAUCUAUCCCAACGCCGGUGUGGACCCGAGCUACCGCCACGUCGGGAUUGAUAUUGGGUCGAAUGUUUCGAAGAACAAGACGGACGUGGGCGGCGCGCUGCUCGGGCUGGAGGUGACUGCCCGGAUCAACUACGUGCAGGCAACGAAGCUGAUCAGUGUGCAGGUCAGCGCGGGAUCAGAGAGCUUUGAGGUGAGCUAUGUGCAGGAUUUGAGCAGUUUCCUUCCGCAGAUGGUUGAGGUUGGGAUAUCGGGAAACACGGGCGGGGCGAUCGAGGUUUUCGACGUCGUAGCGUGGUAUUUACCUCGACUCUUGUGA